GGAGUGUGCGCUCAGAGAGACUGGUGCUGUCCGUUCAGCACCAAAGCUCUCAUCUUUCGUUGCAUGCCACAAGGGCUGUACGUUUCCCUAAUUAAAAGACGGCGUGGAUUUGGAACUAGGUUUUCAAUAUAUGGAGUCAUAGCCUACACACAUAUUUCAUCAACGCUUUUCGGAGGGGUGUUCAUCUUUGGUUUUGUGAUGUAGCCUAACCAUGAACAUUUAGAUUUUUUCCCAUCAAUUUCUGGGGCAGCCACAGGCUGCUUCUUGCUUUAGCCUACCUUGCAACUAUAUCAAACAUCCGUUUAGGCAUUGCUUUAUUUUGUAUUAUUAAAAGUUUGGAUUUAUCUGAAAGCUUGAGUGGAGCCUGUGCUUUUUUGCAAGCUGAAUAAAAGAAGUCGGGAAGAAAUCUGCCUUCUCUUUUCCUCUUUCAACUCGAGUUCAUGUGUCGGCCAGAUCUCACUGCGUUGCCUCGCACAUGUUUUGCAAUAUAAUGACUGGAACCUGCUCGAGACAUGCCUAAGCGACGCAAUGGGACAAGGCGACGAGAACGAUCGUAUUGUGAUUAACGUGGGAGGUAUCAGACACCAGACCUACCGUAGCACCCUUCGCACAUUACCGGGCACCCGGUUAGCUUGGCUCGCCGAGCCGGAUGCCCACUGUCACUUUGACUACGAUCCCAAGAUUGAAGAAUUUUUCUUUGACCGGCACCCGGGUGUGUUUGCCCACAUCCUCAAUUACUAUAGGACGGGGAAGUUGCACUGCCCUGCAGAUGUUUGCGGCCCUUUGUACGAGGAGGAGUUGGCGUUCUGGGGUAUCGAUGAGACCGACGUGGAACCAUGUUGUUGGAUGACUUAUCGGCAACAUCGAGAGGCCGAGGAGGCAUUGGAUAGCUUUGGGGGUGGCCCUCCCGAGAAUUCAGAGGAGGAUGGGGAUGAGGAAACGCUGGGAAUGAUCAAUAGGUUGGCUCUUGAUGGACCAGAUGCCAAAUCCGGGGGGCAUUGGCGACGUUGGCAGCGGUUGCUUUGGGCACUUUUCGAGGAUCCCUAUUCUUCUAAAUAUGCAAGGUGGAUAGCCUUCGCCUCCCUGUUCUUCAUCCUGGUUUCCAUCACCACCUUCUGCCUGGAGACACAUGAGGCCUUCAACCCCAUCAUCAACCGGACGGAAAUUGACCCGCUGGACAACAGCACGCGGGUCUACCAGGAGACUGAGACCGUGGUUUUCCUCACCUAUAUAGAGGGGGUCUGUGUGCUGUGGUUUACAUUUGAGUUCAUAAUGCGAGUGACAUUCUGUCCGAGCAAGCUGGAGUUUUUCCGUAACACCCUCAACAUCAUCGACUUUAUUGCCAUCAUGCCCUUCUACCUGGAGGUGGGGCUGAGUGGGCUCUCUUCCAAGGCGGCUAAGGAUGUACUGGGUUUCCUACGUGUGGUACGCUUUGUCCGGAUCCUCCGGAUCUUUAAGCUGACUCGGCACUUUGUGGGACUGCGUGUCCUGGGUCAUACACUCCGAGCCAGCACCAAUGAGUUCCUGCUCCUCAUCAUCUUCCUCGCCCUGGGUGUGCUCAUUUUCGCCACUAUGAUCUACUAUGCUGAAAGGAUUGGUGCCAAGCCCAAUGACCCCCGAGCCAGCGAGCACACGCACUUCAAGAACAUUCCUAUUGGAUUCUGGUGGGCGGUGGUGACAAUGACAACCCUGGGCUAUGGAGACAUGUACCCUCAGACAUGGUCUGGCAUGCUGGUGGGAGCGCUGUGUGCUCUGGCUGGUGUGCUGACUAUCGCCAUGCCAGUGCCUGUUAUUGUCAAUAACUUUGGGAUGUAUUACUCCCUGGCGAUGGCCAAGCAGAAGUUACCAAAGAAAAAGAACAGGCAUAUCCCCCGCGCCCCACUUCUGGGCUCCCCCAAUUACUGUAAGUCGGAGGUAACCUCACCUCACCACAGCACGCAGGACGACACAUGGCCCCUGGCCCCACAAGAACCACCAGAAGAGAUCUUAGAAAUAAACAGAGCAGCACCACAAGCUGUUUUUCAAGAUCCCAAAGUGAACGGGGAAACAUCCAAGGAUCCAGCCAAGAGAGCAGCCAAGGAGUUAGCCAAGGAGUCAGCCAAGGAGUUAGCCAAGGAGUCAGCCAAGGAGGCAGAAAAAGCAGCGCUGGCCAGUGAAGACUGUCCCCACAUAGACCAGAUCAUGUCACCUGAUGACGGCCAGAUCUUAAGUCCUAUUGACCGGUCCGAGCAGCAGCCCUGCUUCCUCCUGGCCAUGGGCGGGCGGCCAGGCCACACGGCGGCCAGAGUCAGGAAGGCCGGCCCUUCCCAGGGGAGGUCACUGGCGGAGCCGGCGCCCCCAUGCCCAUCGCUCGGCCCCCAGGGCCCCCAGGGCUACCCUCUGCUGCAGCUAGCUGGGUGGGUAUGUGGCCAAGAGGACGGCCAUGCCACACUCACAACCUGACGCCCCAGCCUCUAACACUAAAGAAUAGCACAAUGAAAGAAAUGCCUUGUUCACCACACCGAGAGAUCCUUACUAUCCUUAUGCUCUACAGUAACAUCAGGCCCUCAUCAUGUCCUCUACUCUACAGUUAUACCAAACAAAGGCAGGACAACUGCAAGCCAAAUGCUUCUAUGAUGAAUCAACUCUGAAAAAGAAGAAGAAGAAGAAGCUGAUUCCACAAUUGUUGCAGUAUCAAACUAUAAUGCCAGUGUCAUCCGCAGCUUCUUAAAUUAGCUGCUUGUGAGCGUAGGGAGAUGAAUCACAAGCACAUAAUACUGUAUAUUAUUGUCAUGGGCUAAUAGCAUUGCUAAAUCUCACCUGCCAUCAUCCCCAGCCAAGUUCCCAGACACUAGCUAAGACAUAACCUGCUACAGCCUCCACACAGUAUACAGUUUACACAUACUUUUUUAUCCUGUCUCCUCUAGAGCACAGUGGAGCUUUUUUUGGUUGAAAGGUCACACAUUCCCACUGUCUCCCAUAGUGAACUGCUCUUUGUGAGCAUGAUCUGUUUUGGGUGGACAAGUUCAGUGACUCUCAAGAGCCAUUACACAAACACAACAGUAAUCCACUGUGUCCACGUCAUGAGACUGAUCCAUUACAUAAAUCAAGUAGGAUGGCCACUAACAGCAUCUAAGAGUACACAUGCUCUCACUGUUGUAUAUUCUAUGUCAUGUGUUUAUCAAUGUGCUUCUGAGUGUGUGUACGGUAUGUCUGCGACUGUGUCUGUGUGUGAUUGUCUAUGUACAUGUUGCCAAUGGAAAGUGAACCUGUUUCUCUGUUGCUCCAUGUUGGCAUGUGUUGUGCUUGUCUCUUAACUCAACACUGCAUGUCCUGUCCAGCUGAUGGUUGGCAUUGGAGAGGAAAUGUAGCUGGUGGUAAGGGGUGAAGUAUGGUGAGGAAGAAGAGAGGCCACAUGGUAUUACAGUAUAUGACAAGCAUGGUGAGAAGCAAGACGGACAUGUUCAACAGCGUCCUACCUCUGAUCUAACAACGAAUAAUAAUUCAACAAGAUCUAACUUCUGCUAAGAACUAUUUUUAUAUCAUUGCUUCACAAAUAGAUGACAGGCUAUUGUUAUUAAAUAACAGCAUGUCAUAAGAUUAUGUAACAAGAUCACUAUAUAAUUGGACUGCAGUAGAUACAUGUUGAAGUCUAGCUGAAUAUGGCUCUGUGCCAGCACUCUUAUAGACAGUAUUACAAAGCAGACUGGAUACUGUCAGUCUCUCUUCUCCAUUUGAUAUUGUUAACCACAAAUGUAUCUUGAUGUUGAACUAGCUGAAUAAGCGUCAGAUAAGUGUUAGUGCCUGGAGUCAGAAUGGCUGUUGGGUGAUCAACCCUGCUAGAAAAUACAUUGAUGUGCCUUCUCUUUCCGAGCCAUACCUCAACCCCAACUGCUCUCUGCAUGCUUCCGGGGCCUUAAUCAAACAGAGAAUGCAUGAAUGGUAAUACGUGUGUACAAUUUGCCUGGAUCAAUAACAUUAUACAUUUUGAAAAAAGAGUGAAAGGAAAUUCUUUGAAAGAUAGAGGUCCCAUACCAAUACACUACACCCCAGAAACUCUGUCUCUCCCCAAACAAAGGUUACCAAAUGCUUUAUGGCCUUAGCACCAUUGCAGGCAUGGGGGGGGCUGGUACCGAAGUGGUGUCAGUGUCUGCAGGGCCCAGCAGCCCACAUAGUGUCCUGUAGCAUUCUGUAGGCAUGGAUCAGUGACACAGGGCGGUCUCCGAGGGUCCCCUCUAAACCUCUGCCCCUCUCCUUGUUACCCACCCACAGAAUCCCAAUCUGCAGCUAGCUCCUGUUCCACUGUGUUGUAUCGGUCUGUCCCAUUUUUGUCAUCUGGACCUUGCUCUCCGUCUUCAGCUUUUUUCGCUUCUGUCUCUUCUUUUUUCUGUGGUUAUCUAUCUGUGUUGCUUGUUCUCUGUCUCUGUAAACUGUCCCUUCUCAAAACUGAUAAUGGGAAGAGAGUCUUUAAUACCAGAAAUAUGGAAGUUUUACAUCCAUAGGAAAGAGUAGGUCAGCUCAGGUAGAUUCCAAAAGAUCUGGAAGAACUCAUAUAGAACUCUGAAUGGGAGAUAAUAUUCUCUAAAUACUCUUGUAUGGCCCAUCCAAAUGGUGAAAAGGACCCAGCUGUAAAUAUUCACUGAAGGUGAAGUACUCCAACACUUCAAUUAUUGGAACCUAGUCAUGUCUUUAUUGAAGGCAAACCAUCAAUAGAUUCAGUAGUAAAAAUAUAUAUUUUUGCUUAUCUAUAUUCUAUUUCAUAAUACUUUUUACAAGGUAAAGAAUGUCUCUUCCCACCACAAGCACAACCACAAAGUAGCUACUUCAAAGAGAAGUCUAAUUUUCCCAUUUUUGGUUGACUUCUUCUCCCGUUCUGCUCUUCUGUCUUUUAUUCUGUCGAUCUUCCUAUCCAGCUACAAUCCUGUCUUUCUCUGUUGGUGUGGCUCCCCCUCAGGGAGGUUGUGUGCAUGGACACAGCUCCGAUAGUUGGCCCAGUCAGUCACAACAGAUAGUUGACCCUGUCACACACCCUGACACUCUGUUCCUCUGCUGUCCUCUCAGCUUGUCUCUUUCUUUCACUUCUCUAUAUCUCUGUCCCUUGUUUUCUCUCCUUCUCCUGGAUCACCACAGAGCAAGUUUUUACAUUUUUAAUUUUAAAACAUCUGUAAGAGGUCCUCUUUCUCUGUAACCCCCCCCCCCAUUGUCUUACCUUUCUCAAAUUAAUCCAUCCUCUUGGGAAUGACUGAUGCUGAGCAACCCAACCCUCCCGUGUAUUCUCUACCACAGAUCCCUGUAAAGAGGAGACUGUCUUAGUUAAGUAUAUGCAGGCAGAAGUUCUCAGAGUGACCUGAGGGGGGCACACUACAGUCUGACUCUGAGUGUGAGAAACCAACGCUUUGGGAGAAAUCCCCCUCUCCAACGUUUCUUGAUUCACGGAUGGAAGGCUUGACAGGGCCACAUUCACAGCGAGGAAGAGAAACAGUAGAUACAGAGGUUUCUUACAGUGAGCUCACCCAUCUCACUUUUGAAGGACAGGUUUUCUCUCAAACAUCAUGAUCGAAUACGUCCUUUUUGCUUUUCUUCAUUGUUGUUUUUGUAUGGACUUUUUCUCAAUGAAGAACUGUAGGAGAACAGAAAGACAAAUAACAAAGGAACAUUGGUCUGACAUCUUGGCCUGAAUGGCCAGAAAGGGUGGAAUGAAAUCAAUAAGUAGAGGACAAUAAGAAUAACUGCUAAUGGCAUUUAUGUCACCCAAUACCAUCAGUUAAACAUGACUCUUUGUAUUUAGCAUGAGUUGCAUGGUGGACUAGUAAAAAAGAAAAAGAAACUAUAGCUAUUACAACUAUCCGUAUGAAGAAUAUUUUUUUAUUUUAACGUUUCAUCACUUUUGCAUACAAUCUAUGUAGCCAGACUAUUAAGGUGUUCAAUGACAGAGUGUUUUCUUUUCACAUUUCUUCCUCUUUUUCUUUGUGGUACAGAGUACAUGUUACCUGGCAGCUCUGGUCAUAUUGACCACUAUUUCCUAACUAGAGACUUGUAGAAAGAUGGAGAAUAUACAUAUUUCAGCAAGCUCUCUAUGUUGUGAAAAGCUAAAAUAACAUUUGACCUUGUUUAUGUUGGCAUGCUUGUGAUCCUGGAUCUUAAUGAGAAGAAUAAUUUAGGCUAAAUUAGUAAUCUAUGUUUCUGUCUACUGCUAUACGUCUAGAUGUAUACAAUCAAUUAUUUAUGGAGAACUUAUCAUAGUGAACCAUUGUUACUUUCACAUAUUAAAUAUAUACUUUGAACAGUGUUAUUUUUUUAAAGAAAACUAGAAACAAUAUCAUAAAGAAUCUGGUUGAGACAGGUUGUGUCUGACCAUCUUUCCCUAACAACCUUUAGCUACUUUGAAAGCAGCAAAAAUACAUGUAUAUUUGAAAACAUAAAAUCAUUGUUUGCAAUUAAGAACAUGGGGGAAAUCAACUGCAUGCACAAUGUUAUGCAACAUGAACUCAAUCGGAAAAAAGAGUUGAAGAAUACAACUCUAGCAUGAAAUAAAUUUUGUAAGAAACA